AUGUCUCAAUCUUCUGGUUCCGCUCAGAUCAAAAACAAAAUUGCUGAUACAGUGAAAACAAGAUCAAAAUCUAAGAAGGAAGGAACAACUGUUGUGGUCGAUGCGACGCCCAUAUCAAGUAUCCCUGCAACUAGUUCUAAGAAGAAGAAAUCUGCAAAAUCCACUAAGAAAGUAAGUGAAUCGUCUCCUUCAAUUUCUAUUAAGUCUGAUACUGUUAAGUCUAAGAAGAAGAAACCCCAAUCUCCCGUAAAAAGGGGUUUGAGCAUGUCUGAUCUAUACUUGAGUAAGAAUCCUUCUGAAACUGCGAAUGUGGAAUCGCAUGAUGUUGCCUCCGGCAAAAAUGCGAAUGUUGAAUCGUCUAAUAAAGCAAAUGAAGAAAGUGUUAAGCCUGUUUCUGAAAAGGUGAAUCAAGAAACCCUUUCUGCAAAGGAAAACCCUAGUUCUGUUGAAACCCUAGGAAAAACCCAAAAUAUUGCUGAGAAUGUUUUUGUGAGCAAUAAUCCUAGUGUUCCUGAGAAUAUGACAGUACCCACGAAUGUCAUAACUGAUGUUGCUGAAAAACCUCAAGAAAAGGUUGUUGUAACCGAUGCGCCAACCGAUGUUGAGCCACCCUUUAUACCAAUUGAUGCUGAGAAGGAUGUUGAAGCAUCCAAAGGAGUUUCUAGCCCACAUGCUAACACUGCCACUGGGUCGUUUGGCAGUGGAUCUAAUUCUGAAGCUUCCACUGAAGAGGAAGUAAACAAAGAAAGUACUCCUGAACAUGUGGCUGAUUCUGAGCCAGAAAAUGAAGCUGGUGAGGAUUCUGAGAAAACCACCAAUGAAGAACAGGACAUAGUGGAUGUUGAUGAAGUCCCCUCUGAAGAAGAUCUGCAAUCUCCACCUACUCAGAAUGGAAUUGGAAGAAGACUGAGAAGCAGGACCACUACACCUGCACCUGCUGUUACCACUACCCCUGUUGUCAUCAAGAAAAAAAAGGACACUACUCUGAAGCCUGUCAAGUAUGGUCCUAAGAAAGGAUGGAGCAAGCCUAUACCUCCUCCUGAAAAGAAAAAGGGUGUGCUGAAAAGGAAGAGUGCACCAUCAAGUGACUCUGAUUUUGAAGCUGUAAAAGAUGACUCAAGCAUCAAGCCUCGUGCUAAGAAGGCUAUGUCUGCUAAGAAGGUCAUGCCUCAAUCUGCUGCUCCUGACACUGAAGACUUCCUUUGCAAAGAUAUUCUGGAAUGUGAAGAGAUUGUGAGUUUGAUCAAUGAUGCUGGAUUGAUCAAAACUGUGUGGGGCUUAGGCUCUUGCUAUGAGAAGCUGGUUAGGGAGUUUGUUGUCAACAUUCCUAUAGGUUGUGACAAUCCCUUGGACAAAGAAUAUCAGAAGGUAUAUGUUCGAGGAAAAUGUGUGACAUUCUCUCCAAGUGUGAUCAACAAGGUGCUGGGUAAUGCUGAUGAUCCUCACCCUGACAUAGAGGUAUCUGACAAUGUGGUCUGCAAAACUAUCACAGCUGAAAAGGUGAAAACCUGGCCCAAGAAGGAGAAGCAUGCUAAGACCUCUGUCACCAAGCAACCCAUUGCAUUUCCAACUUUGAUCUGUGACAUCAUCUUGUCCCAACAUCCUAAUAUAAGGCAUGAGGGUGAGUCUGCUAAGAAAAGGGCAACUCCUCUGGCCAUUCAUCAGAAGCUGUACAGUAAACAGCAUGCUCCAGAUAUUGUUGGACCAUCAAAUGCUGCUGCUGAUACUCCUAUGACAAGGAAGGAGAUGAUUGCUGUGCUGGAAGCAAACUGUAAGGAGCUAGAUGAAAAGAAGUUGCAGUUUGAAAGGAUGAUACAUGCUCUCAGGGUUGAAGAGGCUGCAGCUGAAGCAGCUGAUGCAGGUGAUGAUGGUACUAGUGGUGAAGAAGAAGCUGACUCAGAUGCUGAAGGAGAAGAAAGUGAUUCCUCCCCAAGUGCUUCUGUGUAA